UGUAUACCGACUUUCAGCUAUAUCGUGUCUCCCUUCGCUUAGCAAGCGUUCUAGAAUUGUAGCAGGAAACUCUCCGGCGUGAUCGUGUAAGCAGUCUCUCUCUUUCUCUCGCGAUGGAGUCGUGGACGGAGCUAGCUCGACGUCGCCGUUUGCGAAUAUCGUAGGCACUGCGACUUAUAAGGCGGCGUUUCCUUCGCGGUGCCUCUGUAAGCUAGACCACGACGACCGCACCAUCCAUCUGUCCAUAUAUCUGCCUCGCCGCUGUCCUCCUAUCUCUCGCAUAACCCCCUAUCAUCUCGCCGCACACUAACCCCUAUCUCUGCUUACACCAUGACCGGCAUAGUUAUCCAGACCCUCGGCCAGGCCUACUGGAAGCACUUCCCGAUCGCGCUGCCGCCGGCGGGCACCUUCGCGGGGCAAGUCGUCGUCGUGACGGGCGGCACGAGCGGCCUCGGGCUCGCAGCCGCCGCGCACUUCCUCGACCUCGGGGCCGACGAGGUCGUCAUCACGAGCCGCGACGCUGGGCGCGCGCAGCGCGCGCUCGCGGCGCUAGAGAAACGGCCGCGGCCGGGCCCUUCUGCCGCCGCCAACGGUAACAGCAGCGAAGGCGGCGGCGGCGGGAAGGUCCGCGUCGUCGACCUCGACAUGGGGCGCUACGCCUCCGUCGCUGCGUUCGCGCACGAGGUCGCCGAGCUCCGCCGCGGCCGUGGCGGCGUCGAUUACGUCGUGCUGAACGCGGGGGUCGCCGGCACCGACUUCGCGCUCGCGGCCGAGGGCUGGGAGCAGAACAUCCAGGUCAACGCGCUCAGCACAGCGCUCCUCGCCGCGCUCCUCGUGCCGCGCAUGAAGGCUGAGCGCCGCCACCGCGCCGCCCCCGCGCACCUGGCCAUCGUCACCUCCGGCCGGCACCUCGAGCCCGACGUCCAGCAGUGGGAGAGCUGGAUCGCGGGCAAGGAGGGCGGUAUCCUACGCCACCUCAACCGGCCCGAGAACUGGCCCAGCGCAGACGCUAUGUACGCCGCAACGAAGCUCAUGGUCCACCUCGCCGUCGAGGAGCUCGCGAAGAUGGCGCUAGGGCCGGACGGACGCCCUGAGGUAAUAGUAAACACGACGUGCCCGGGCAUCGUAAAGUCGGACCUAUUGAGGCACUACGUAGACAAGGGUCGCCUCCUGGCGAUCGGCGUCUCCGUCUUCACUAGGCUCUUCGCCAAGUCGACGUCGGAUGGUGCGAGGACCUACGUAGCGGUCGGGUUGACCAAGGAGAGCGAGCAUGGCAAGUUUAUUCGAUUUUACGGCUCGGAAGCCGAAUACCAAAGGCAAGCAAAGGCAAUCCUGGGUAGCAAAGCCGGUAGGAGAGUGCAGGCACAAGUUUGGUCAGAAAUGACGGCAGAUUUUGUCGCGAAAGUGCCCGAAGCUAUGGAGACCUUGGCGUCGUGACCACCGCAGGGAGAGCGGCUCGACGGAUAGGAGGUAGUUUCUGCAAAGCAUUUCGUACCUAAUUUAGACAUGGGGUGAUGAUCAUA